AUGGUCAAUCCUAAUCGCUGGUCAUGGUCGGCAGGGCCACGAAGAAGUUCGACCCGAGGGAAUGCAGUGACCAGCAUCCAGCCAUUAGCACGUUCUCCCGACAAGCCCAUUUCGUGCGAGGUCGACGUCCCAAACGAUCAAAACCUGCAGCCCGGCGCUACCAACGUCUCAUCGCGCCGAUUGACCAAGAAUCGGUGGAGCUGGCGGCCAGACGCAGCCAUAUCGGUGACCCUAGAAGACCAGCAAGAGACGGCACAGGGCGAGAGGCAAGACAGGGAGGAGCAUAACCAGGAUCAAGCAGAAACAGAUGCACCGACAAACAAAACCCGCCGGUUGUCGAAACUCAUCAAGAAGACGGAUGCCGCUCCUCUUACUGCUUCUCGACCGAAACGGAGACCGUCGUCCAUGAUAGCGCCCGCAAGCUCUUCUUUCGGAGCAUCACCCUCUUAUUCGCAUCCCGGCUCGCGGGCGGUGCAGGAGCAUCCGGCGGAAGAGGAGGAUCGUUCCUCUCACGCAAGCCCCCUCCCAAACCAGCCUGCGGCAGGAGUGAAGAACAAGCUCAACCGCUUUCUUAGUCGACACAUCACCACCCGGCAAGUUGACAAGAAAGCUGUGCCGGUGCCGGUGCCGGUGCAACACCAGCAUCAACAGACACCUGCAGACGCCGCAGAGCCACCGCCAUCUUCCCGACACCAGCAGCCAACACCACAGAGACCCAUGCCGAUGCAACCCCCGAUGCGCCAUCGUCUCCAACUCCACAAUCCCCAGAACACCCUUCGAGCAUCGCCAGCCCCCCCUGUCGCCCACAUUCAGACUCAGGGUUACACGGACAACGGUCGUCUUGUUGCACCGCUGCCAGGGCUAGACGAAAACUCGCAGCUGCAGCUCCCGCCAGCGACAAGCCGACCCGCGACUGCCACAGGUGCGGCGGCGGCGCAGAGUCUUGGUACCAGUACCCCGUCGUCAUCAACUGCUGCACCUUCGGCAGACGAGACAGGGUUGUUGAACCGCCUGAUGCGACGACGAUUGGCUCCCAAGGACAAGGACGCCGACAAUAAGAAGAGGUGGACUUCCGCCAGCAGCGAUAAAACAAGUUCGUCCCCGGGAAUCGACCGACAUAAGGGAAGAUCGCCUGGCCCGAAUACCGCAGUUAGUGAGACCACGGAGCAGCGCGAGACGCAGACACGGCCUCUGCUGUUGAACCCGCUCAUGUUGAACCCGUCGCACCCAACACCUGCCCAAAGUGAGACUGUCUUGGACGCGCGAAGGGGCUCAUUGAAGUCUUCAGUACCCCGAUUUCUGCGUCCAGCUACAAAGCCUCAGCAAGAAUCUACGAAUGCGACCCAGACUGCCGGCCCUGCCAGCCCACUUCAGCUCGAGUCACCUCCCCGACAGCAACAGACUAUGCAGACCUCGGGUUCCGCUGCACCGACGCAGCUCAAAUUGCGGUCCAAACCAAGCUUUGGAAAGCGGUUCUGGUCGAGAUCCGGCGCCAAUGAUUUUGGAGAGGCCAACGUGACCAACACCAAGACACCGGCACCAGCAUCGGCGCCGCGAACCGUCUAUGUUCCUAAACACGCCGCGGCUGAUUUUUCGCGCACCACUUCCGCCUACACGUCGCGCCACAACCGCCAUAGCUUUUCUUUUGGCAAUGACCCCGACAACGGUGCACAAGCUCUGGCCACAAUAAGGGCCGAUGCAGGAUCGGGCGAGUCGGAGCCGCUUCACCAGAGGCAACGGACGCCAUCCGCUGAGGCGGCCGAGAAGCGCAGGUCACGGGACUUAUCAUCAUCCAAGUACGAGGCGCCGCCUCCCCAUGAAUUGCACCGGCGUCUCGAGAUCGUUAAGAGUAGCGAAAUUGAAGUGGUAACAACUAGGGAACCGGUGGUUGUCGACCCCUGGCAGCAGCAACACAAUCUCUUGCAGAAUGCUUCAAAUACCUCGUCGUCGAACGGCAAGGCUCCUGCUAGACCUCACUCUCGUCCAAGGUCAUCCAAGCGACACAGUUUCAAUCUUGUACACGACCCAUACGCCAGAGAACUCACGCCGCCAAAGUCAAUCUCCCCGGUAGAGAUGGAGGCGCCAUUCGACCCGCCAAGCCAGCCAGAGCAACAGCCGGCGCCGCCAUCGGCACCGCCACGGCCCAUCUCGUCUCAUUCUCGUCCACAGUCUCGGCAAGAAACUCAACCUCAAGAAACAGCCAGUAGCCACGAACUGACGGAUUAUGAACGUUUUGUAGCAGAUGCUGAGGUUGCCGAGCGAGAGUAUCAUGCCCAAUUGUGGCGGAACCUUGCACGGCGUUCUGGUCAUUAUGGUUAUAGCGACAACCCCUGGAGUACGACGAGACAAGCUGAUGCUUCUACUGCGCAACGCAAUAACAACAACAAGCGAAGCAGUGCGCAAUUUUCGAUGGGAGUCGGUAAGCGUGCAAGCAUGAUGUCGUUUGCCGCAGCCAACGACGACGACCGCAACUUGGUCUCAUCAAGCUUUUACGGCGAGCCACUCCGCAAGCCGAGCCUCUCGCACAGCGCUAGUGUUGGCGCAGAUGGGAAAAGGGGGCUCCGACAUCAGGGGAGCGUUUCGAAGCGGAUUUCCGACUACAUCAAGCCACCGAAACCAUACCAGGAAGCCACUUACGAGGAUUGGAUGCCGCCUUCUGGACGAGCCAAUCGACGGAGCGUCAUUGCUGGAAUUUCUGAAUAG